CUGACAUAAUCAUGAUAGAAGACAAAGGUCCACGAGUGGCUGACUAUUUUGUAGUGGCAGGGCUCACUGAUACAGAUACUGCAACCCUCCUAGACCAAGAAAUAAGUCGACAUGAAACAAAGUCAACCGGUCCAAAGGCUCCAAUUACUGACAUUGCCGUGAUAAUUAAAUCAGCUGGUGAAACUGUCCCAGAGGGCUACACUUGUGUUGAAGCCACCCCUACAGCCCUUCAAGCCAACUUGAACUAUGGAAGUCUAAAGAGUCCUGAACUUUUUCUUUGCUACAAGAGAGGCCGGGACAAACCACCUCUUACUGAUAUUGGAGUUCUAUAUGAAGGGAAGGAACGCAUCAUUUCAGGUUGCGAGGUGAUUCAAGCUACUCCUUAUGGUCGCUGUGCUAACGUUAACAACAGUUCAGCUUCUUCUCAACGGAUUUUUAUCACGUAUCGAAGGGCUCCUCCCGUACGACCUCAGAAUUCAUUGGCAGUGACAGAUAUCUGUGUUAUUGUUACCAGCAAAGGAGAAACCCCGCCUCAUACGUUCUGUAAAGUUGAUAAGAAUUUAAAUUGUGGUAUGUGGGGUUCCAGUGUAUACCUUUGUUACAAGAAGUCUGUGCCAGCUUCUAACUCUUUAGCAUAUAAAGCUGGUUUAAUUUUCAGAUACCCUCAAGAGAACUAUGAAUCGUUCCCACUGUCAGAAUCUGUACCUCUCUUUUGCCUUCCUAUGGGAGCUACUAUUGAGUGCUGGGACCCUCAAACCAAAUAUCCACUACCAGUGUUCUCAACAUUUGUACUAACCUGCUCUUCUGCAGAGAAGGUUUAUGGUGCUGCUAUUCAGUUUUAUGAGCCUUAUCCCCGGGAGCUGCUAACAGAAAAACAACAAUUGCAGCUGGGUCUUCUGACGGCCGUGGAAAGGAAAGUAGUUACUUCCAAGUCCAUCAAUUCCAACAAAUGCAUCUGCCUUCUCUCACACUGGCCUUUUUUUGAAGCGUUUCGAAAAUUUCUUAUGUUCAUCUACAAGCUCUCUGUGUCUGGACCUCAUCCUCUUCCCAUUGAAAAGCACAUAUCCCAUUUUAUGCACAAUAUACCUUUCCCUUCACCACAAAGGCCAAGAAUUUUGGUGCAGCUUUCUGCCCAUGAUGCAUUAAUAUUGUCUCAGCCAGUUUCUACACCAUUGCCAUUAAGUGGAGCAAACUUUAGCACUCUACUCAUGAAUCUUGGACCGGAAAACUGUGCCACUCUGUUACUCUUUGUAUUACUAGAAGGCAAGAUCCUCCUCCAUUCUCUUAGACCAGCUGUGUUGACAGGAGUUGCUGAAGCUGUAGUAGCUAUGAUAUUUCCAUUUCAGUGGCAAUGUCCAUAUAUCCCCCUCUGUCCUUUGUCUCUGGCCACCGUACUCAGUGCACCUCUUCCAUUUAUUGUUGGAGUUGAUUCACGAUACUUUGAUCUGUACGAUCCACCACAGGAUAUUGUGUGCAUUGACUUAGACACAAACAUGGUGUACAUAUCAGAUGAUAAGAAGAACAUCAACUGGAAGCAGUUUCCUAAGAAGCCAUGCAAAAGUCUGCUCAGUACCUUAAAGAAACUGCACCCACAGCUGGCAGCAGUACACAGGAAAACUCAAGAAGGCUCUGCAGUGGAGAUGACUCCUAUUGAGGCAGAUUUCUCCUGGCAGAAGAAGAUGAUAGAACUUGAGAUGGAGAUCCAGGAAGCUUUUCUCCGUUUCAUGGCAUCUAUUUUAAAGGGUUACAGAACAUUCCUCAAGCCAAUCACGCAGGCACCUUCAAAUAAAGCAACUGCUGCUGAUUCCUUGUUUGAUCAUCAAGGAUUUUUAAAAAGCAGAGACCGUGCCUAUACAAAGUUCUACACGCAUCUCACCAAAACACAGAUAUUCAGCCGCUUUAUUGAAGAGUGCAGUUUUGUGAGUGACAAGGAUACUGGCUUGGCAUUUUUUGAUGACUGCAUAGAAAAGCUCUUUCCAGACAAAGGAACAGAAAAAGGAGAGAAGGUCGACGUAGAUUCUGUUGAAGAUGCAAGGUUGAUUGAGCUUGAUGAGUCACAAAAAAGUGAACACACUGUGUUUAUAAUGCCACCAGAACCUCCUGCUGAUGACGGACAGGAUCGAGUGCCAAAGUACAGCUAUAAAAACUUUCCACGACUAGAUUCCAAGCUCUUUGACAGGCCACAAGAACUCAAGCUGUCCUUCAGCAGACAUCCAGCUGGAAGCACCAUUUCGAAUAGUCCAGCGCUCAUGGCAAAGAGGACAAAACAGGAGAUAAAAACAGCCCAUAAAUUAGCCAAGAAAUACUACGUAAGCCCCCCACAGUGGGCUAAGUGUCUCUUCAGUCAUUGUUACAGCCUAUGGUUUAUUUGUCUGCCAGCUUACAUCAGAGUUGCACAUCCCAAGGUCAAAGCACUGCAGCAGGCUUACGAUAUUCUAAUUAAAAUGAGGAAAACUGAUGUGGAACCACUAGAUGAGGUCUGCUACAGAGUUGUGAUGCAGCUCUGUGGACUGUGGGGUCAGCCUGUUCAGGCUGUGAGAGUCCUCUUUGAAAUGAAAAAUGCUGGAAUACAACCAAAUGCCAUCACCUAUGGUUAUUACAAUAAGGCGGUUUUAGAGUCUCCUUGGCCUAGCAGUAACCGCAGUGGCAUAUUCCUGUGGACAAAGGUACGAAAUGUGGUUCGUGGCACAGCACAAUUUAGGCAGUGCUUAAAGAAGUCAACACAGAGCCCACGGGUACCUGUGACAUCAGGUGGUCAGUCAGAUCAGGGCUAUGGGUCAAAGGAUGAACUUUUAAGAGGUGAUGGGGAUAGUCUUCAUGCAACUGAAACACAAGUAGAGAAAGCUAUUUCUUCUAAAACUGAAGACCGAAUAAGAGAGGUUUGUACUGAGAAAUCUGAUGAAAAGCAACAACUGAAUAUAGAAACUCAUAGUCCAACAGAGCCACCUUCUUGGGGUAACAGUAUUGUGAAAGUUCCAUCUGGAAUUUUUGAUAGCGGUGGAAGGAAAAGCAACACUGGUUCUAGUCCACUGUUCAUAACUCAGGAUUCAGUUGAAGAUAUAGUGUUUGGUGAUGUUUCUCCUAAAAAAACAAGUGAAAAAGGACAGAAGAGGCAGAAACUCUUUUCAGAGAGAAGCUGCAGUUUCAGCAGUGAAAGCAGAGCUGGAAUGCUGCUGAAAAAAGGCAGUUUGGACUUGCAUUCUAAAGAAAUAGCAAUAAUGAUGGGAGCAGAUGCCAAGAUCCUAACAGCAGCUUUAUCGGGGGCCAAAACUUCACCCUGCCAUAUGAAUAAAUCCCACAGCUUGGAAAGUAUCGUUGACCAGCAGGUUUCUGGCGUAAGUAGCACUUGGAGUUGUGUGACUGAGAGUGAUUGGGAAUUGGAGCAUAGGUCUUCACCAGUGCUGGAAGAACCUGGGGAAAGACAAGAGCAUCUUGAGAAUGAAAGAGAUGAAAACAUGACCACAGUGGAAGACACAAACCUUGAACAGUCAGCAAAGUCUGAAAACCAGAAACUAGAAUCCAAAGAUGCAACUACUAAAAGGAAUAGCUUUUAUGGAGUGGUUAAGCCUGUUGAAAGGGAAGAUGUUGAAGUAGGCUUGGACCCUUUGUCUUUGCUGGCUACUGACAGUGUGCAACCAAGGCAUCUGGAACCUGAGGAGAAGUUGAUGUCACCAGUUGCAGCACGUAAUUUGGCAGAUGAAAUAGAAAGCUAUAUGAAUCUGAAGAAUCCAUUGAGUAGUAAGUUUCCCAGCAUGGAACUGCACAAGCCAGAUGGAGAAGCAGAAGCCUCUGGUGCACUUGGUCACUCCCAAGAAAGGAGGUCAAGCCUGCCUUUGGAUCCCAUCCUGCCGUCCCCCAAGUCUUAUGAAAAUCGGAGAAGUCCUUCUGUCUCCAGAUCCAAAACAUUCACUGGCCGACCAAAGCAACAAACUCAUCCACGAGUUCAAAAGGAGCGCUCUUCGUCUUUGACAGGAUUGGGUCGUUCUUCUCCGCAUGGCUCAUUGGGAUCUGUUGUAACAACUUUAUCCAAUCUGAAGUUAGACAGUAUACUGUCUGGACCAAAAAUGGAUGUUCUGAAAUCAGGCAUGAAGCAGGCUGCCAAUGUGGCCAGUAAGAUGUGGGGAGUUGUAACUUCAGCAUAUAGUUACUCAGAUGAUGAGGAAGAAAACAAUCGACCAGACUUUAACUUCCCUGCUGGUUUUGAAGAUAAUAUUUUAGGAGAGAAUCUGUCAUCGAGAACUGGAGUCCCAGGGCUAAUUACAAAUGAGCUAGCACAAAGCACUACUAGUCUUGGCAGUAGCAGCAGCAGUGGAGAUGCAGGAAGACAGCAUUACAGUGCGGGUGAAGUUUCACUGCCAAGAAAUAUGAAGGUUCUAGAUUCUGAGAAGUCAGAGCACAGCUCUUCACAUAAUACUAGUUUAUCCAGCAUUUUCCAGAACUAUGCAAUGGAGGUAUUGAUGUCAAGUUGCUCUCAGUGUAGAGCUUGUGGUGCUUUGGUUUAUGAUGAAGAAAUUAUGGCUGGAUGGACAGCAGAUGAUUCAAACUUAAACACUACCUGUCCUUUCUGUAAAACUAUUUUCCUACCUUUACUUAAUGUUGAAUUUAAAGAUCUACGUGGCUCUGCAAGCUUUUUCCUGAAGCAAAGUACCUCAGGAGACAGUUUACAGAGUGGUACCCUUCCAUUAACCACGGAUCCCCUGGAGCAGAAACUAUUGUCUAGUCCCGCUGUUGCUGACUUAAUCAGUUUUUCAGACCACCCACAGCCCAACCACACCAUAGCUGAAGAAACUAGCUCUGCAGCUGAGCAGAGCAAUGUGGCAGAAGAACAGAGUAACGAUCUCAGAACCGUGAUGAUAUCUGCCAAUAAUCCACCAAAAAGGGGAGUAGCCUUGACUCGGAGUCACAGUGUUGGAGGUCCACUGCAAAACAUUGAUCUUUCCCAGAGACCAUCUCAUGGCAUUUCAACAGUUAGCCUUCCAAAUAGUUUGCAAGAAGUUGCGGAUCCUUUAAUAAAAAGACCUAACCCUCUUGCUGUAUCUGUACCCUACUUGAGCCCUUUGGUACUGCGUAAGGAGCUUGAAUCACUGUUGGAAAAUGAAGGAGAGCAAGUAAUUCAUACAUCCAAAUUCAUCAAUCAACACCCCAUAAUUUUCUGGAACUUAGUUUGGUAUUUCCGACGGUUGGAUCUACCUAGCAACUUACCUGGACUCAUUCUAACAUCUGAACACUGUAAUGAUGGAGUGCAGCUUCCUUUGACAUCUCUUGCUCAAGAUAGCAAGCUAGUAUACAUCCAUCUUCUAUGGGACAAUAUCAACCUCCACCAAGAGCCAGGGGAGCCUCUGUAUAUAUCUUGGAGAAAUCUCAAUUCUUCUGACAAGAGACUCUCCACAGUGACAGAAAAUCAGCAGGCAACAAAUACUUUGUUGGAGAACAUCAAACUAAGUAUUCAACACAAUAACGUUGUUAAACCAAUCAACCUCCUACUACAGAAAGUUAAGCCAGAUGUGAAACGACAGAGGAGUUUUUACAGAGAAAUUCUUUUCCUGUCUCUAGUGUCUCUUGGGAGAGAAAACAUUGACAUUGAGGUCUUUGAUAGUGAAUACAGAAUUGCACUUAAAAAUCUACCAAAGGAUGUUCUUGAGAAGAUGCAGAAAAUAGAUGCUCCACCAAGCAGCAGGGUUGAGUGCUGUAGAAAGUGCUUUGGGGCACCUUUAAUAUAAAAGUGAGGAUACACAUUAAACUUCAGUGAGAGAAAAGCAGAGGUGAACAAACCAGGAGCAUGGCGAUAUAUACACUUUGAAUCCCAAAUGGUGAUUUGUCAAACCAAUUUCACAAAGCUACAAUAUA